AGAUCCUGAUCAUUUGGUGAAAGAUAGCUCGUAAAGCGUUGGGAAUAAUAGCUUUUAUUUCUCCUUUUUAUUUGUCACUGCUGAAUUGUUAUGUCAGACAACCAUUAUGGAUGACAGCUGUGAACAUUUUUAUGAUAAGAAAGACUCAACAAUUAUUGCUUCACUGUGUCCCACAAUCCUUUUUCCGUAUCAGGAUUUCAUACUUUCAUUCAUCACAACCGUUGAAUGAAUAUCCAACUGCCCACGUCUUCACUGAAAUACAGUCGUAAACUUCGAUUUCAAAUUACACACUUGCAUUCACCAUUUUCCAACUCCUACAAUGGCAGCAGAACUUGUCGGUGGUGCUCUUCUUUCCGCUUUUCUUCAAGUUGCAUUCGACAGGCUGGCUUCUCCUCAAUUCGUUGACUUCUUUCGUGGAAGAAAACUUGAUGAUAAGCUGCUCCGAAAUUUGAACAUCAUGCUCCACUCACUCAAUGCUCUGGCCGAUGAUGCAGAACAGAAGCAGUUCAGAGAUCCACACGUGAAAUCAUGGCUUUUUUCUGUCAAAGAGGCUGUCUUCGAUGCAGAAGAUCUCUUGGAUGAAAUUGAUUAUGAAAUCACCAGAUGCCAAGUGGAAGCUGAAUCAGAACCUCAAACCAUCAUUUACAAGGUAUCAAACUUCUUCAAUGCUACUUUCAGAUCAUUUAACAGGAAAAUUGACUCAGGGUUGAAAGAAGUCCUAGAAAAGUUAGAAUACCUUACAAGGCAAAAGGGUGCUCUUGGUUUGAAAGAGGGUACUUAUUCUGGUGAUAGAUCAGGUAGUGCAGUCUCACAAAAAUUGCCAUCAACUUCUUUGGUGGCUGAAAGUGUUAUUUAUGGCAGAGAUACUGACAAAGAAAUGAUCAUUAACUGGCUCACAUCGGAAACUGACAUCUGUAACCAACCAUCAAUACUUUCUAUUGUGGGUAUGGGUGGGUUGGGUAAGACCACACUCGUCCAACAUGUAUACAAUGACCCCAAGGUGGACGAUGCUAAAUUUGAUAGUAAAGCAUGGGUCUGUGUUUCAGAUCAUUUUAAUGCUUUAACAGUGGGAAAAACCAUUCUUGAGGCAAUCACUGAUGAAAAUGAUGAAAGUGGAAACCUGGAAAUGGUUCACAAAAAGCUAAAGGAAAAAUUGAAAGGAAAGAAAUUUCUUCUUGUUUUGGAUGAUAUUUGGAACCAAAGACGAGACGAAUGGGAAGCUGUACAAACUCCUCUUAGCUAUGGGGCUCCAGGAAGUAAAAUUCUUGUCACAACACGUGAUGAGAAAGUUGCUUCUAACAUGCAGUCUAAAGUACAUCGCCUAAAGCAAUUGCGAGAGGAUGAAUGCUGGAAAGUUUUUGAAAAACACGCAUCAGAAGAUUAUAAUCUUGAAUUGAACGAUGAACUAAAGGAGAUUGGUAGCAGGAUAGUUGAUAAGUGCAAGGGGUUACCUUUAGCUUUGAAAACAAUUGGAUGCCUUUUACGCACAAAGUCAUCAAUUUCGGAUUGGAAAAGCGUAUUGGUAAGCGACAUAUGGGACUUACCUAAUGAAGACAAUGAAAUUAUCCCAGCACUAUUUUUGAGCUAUCACCACCUUCCUUCUCAUCUUAAAAGGUGCUUUGCUUAUUGUGCCUUGUUCCCCAAAGAUUAUGAGUUUGUGAAGGAGGAGUUAAUUUUGUUGUGGAUGGCCGAAAGUUUUCUACAGUGCCCUCAAACUAGACAUCCAGAAGAAGUUGGUGAACAAUACUUUAAUGAUCUAUUGUCAAGGUCUUUCUUUCAACAAUCAACCACGGAAAAGCGUUUCGUAAUGCAUGACCUUCUGAAUGACUUGGCAAAAUAUGUUUGUGGGGACAUCUGUUUCAGGUUGAAAUUUGAUAAAGGAAAAUACAUACCGAAAUCAACCCGUCAUUUUUCAUUUGAAUUUGAUCACGUCAAAUGUUUUGAUGGUUUUGGGAGUUUAACUGAUGCUAAAAGACUACGUUCUUUUCUUCCAAUUACAGAAAUUGAGAGAACUUACCUUGGUUAUUAUCCUUGGCAAUUCAAGAUUUCGGUACAUGAUUUGUUCUCCAUGUUUAAGUUUUUACGCAUCUUAUCUUUCUAUAAUUGUUUGGGCCUUACAAAACUCCCAGAUUCUAUAGGUGAUCUUAAGCAUCUCCGUUCGUUAGACUUUUCACACACUGCGAUACAAAAACUACCUGACUCAACAUGUUUACUAUAUAACUUGCUAAUACUGAAGUUGAACCAUUGUUUAAGGCUGGAAAAGUUGCCCUCAAAUUUGCAUAAACUGACCAAAUUGCGUUGCCUGGAAUUCAAAAAUACAAAGGUGACAAAGAUGCCUAUGCAUUUUGGAGAAUUGAAGAAUCUUCAAGUACUGAAUAUGUUUUUCGUGGACAGAAAUAAUGAGUUUAGUACUAAGCAGCUAGGAAGACUCAGGCUUCAUGGAAGGCUAUCAAUUAAUGAGGUGCAGAAUAUUACGAAUCCUUUGGAUGCAUUAGAAGCAAAUUUGAAAAAUCAACACCUUGUGGAGUUAGAGUUAAAAUGGAACUCAAAGCACAUCCUUAAUGAUCCAAAGAAAGAAAAGAAAAUACUUGAGAAUCUACAGCCUCCCAAACAAUUGGAGGGUUUGGGUAUAAGCAACUAUGGUAGUACACACUUCCCAAGUUGGUUAUUCAAUAAUUCAUUAACAAAUUUGGUAUUCUUACGGUUGGAGGAUUGUAAAUAUUGCAUAUUUUUGCCUCCCCUUGGACUAUUGUCAUCUUUGAAGACCCUCGAAAUCGUAGGGCUUGAUGGAAUAGUGAGCAUUGGUGAUGAAUUUUAUGGGAGCAAUGCUUCUUCAUUCAUGUCCUUAGAAAGAUUGGAAUUGUACGACAUGAAGGAAUUGAGAGAAUGGAAAUGUAAAACUACUUCUUUUCCACGUCUUCAACAUCUGUCUAUGGAUCACUGUCCCGAGCUGAAAGGUCUGUCAGAGCACCUUCUUCAUUUAAAGAAACUAGUUAUCGGUUACUGUGAUAAGCUCAUCGUUAGCAGAAACAACAUGGACACGUCAUCGCUUGAACUCUUGAAGAUUUGUUCGUGCCCUCUUACGAAUAUUCCCAUGACCCAUUAUGACUUCCUUGAAGAAAUGGAUAUAGAUGGCGGUUGUGACUUUCUUACAACCUUUUCGCUAGAUUUCUUUCCAAAUCUCCGUUCACUUCAACUAACCAGAUGCCGAAACCUGCAAAGAUUUUCACACGAGCAUACUCAUAAUCAUCUCAAGUACUUCAUAAUUGAGAAGUGCCCUCUAGUUGAAUCAUUUUUCAGUGAAGGGUUAUCUGCACCGUUGUUACAAAGAAUUGAAAUUCGGAGAGCGGAGAAUUUAAAGUUGUUGCCAAAACGAAUGGAAAUCCUGCUUCCAUCCCUUAAUGAAUUGUUGAUAAUUGAUUGUCCAAAAGUGGAGACGUUCCCAGAAGGAGGUUUGCCAUCAAAUGUAAAACAUGUGUCUCUUUCAAGUUUAAAACUUAUAGCCUCCUUGAGAGAGUCAUUGGAUGCAAACACAUGUCUUGAAAGCUUGUCUAUUGGAAAGUUGGAUGUUGAGUCGUUUCCUGAUGAAGUUUUGCUACCUCACUCUCUCACUUCUCUACAAAUAUUUGAUUGCCCAAAUCUUAAAAAGAUGGAGUACAAGGGUCUCUGUGACCUCUCUUCUCUCACACUUCUUCACUGCCCUGGCCUUCAAUGCUUACCAGACGAGGGUCUGCCCAAAGCCAUCUCUUCUCUUACAAUUUGGGACUGUCCAUUGCUCAAACAACGUUGUCAGAAUCCGGAAGGUGAAGACUGGGGAAAGAUUGGUCACAUUGAAAAAUUGAUUAUUAGGACAUUAUGAAAAUCGUGAAGGCAUUGAAGUGCAAACGUUAUGCCAUGUAGCAUCGACUGGGGAAAGAUUGCUCUGUAGUUUGGAGUAAUGGCUGGAUCGUCAUCCUUUAGAAAGGGUCCUUGGAAGAAAUAGAUUUGGUUUGCAGGAUUGUGGAAAACCUUUUCACAAAUGGGUUCUUUUAAUUGUAUAUCUGUGUACCAAAAGGGGACAAUGAAUGUGCUAAGAAACAUCAAUUUUAUGAAUAGCUUCUUUAAUGAAUUUCAAACACUAGAUAUUAAGAAACAGGUUUUAUGCUGCACGUCACACUGCACAUCAAUGCUCUAGCUGAUGAUGCGAAACAGAAACAGUUCAGAGAUCCACGCUUGAAAACAAGGCUUUAUGCUGUCAAAGAGGUCAUGUUUGAUGUAGAGGAUUUCUUGGAUGAAAUAGACUAUCAACUCACAAGAUGCAAAGUGGAAGUCGAAUCUGAACCUCAAAUUUUCGUUUAUAAGGUAUCAGAUUUCUUCAAUUCUACUUCCAGUUCAUUUAACAAGAAAACUGACUCGGGGAUGAAAGAAGUCCUAGAAAAACUAGACUAUCUAGCAAGGCAAAAUGGUGCAUUUGGUUUCAAAGAAUGUACUUAUUCUGGUGUUGGAUCAAGUAUUAAGGUAUAACAGAAAUUGCCGUCAACUUCUUAAAGAGGGGCUGUUUUGUGUUCCUUGCUGUGUUCUCCAUGUAAAAAAAUGAAGAAUCAAUUCACCAUCUAUUUUUUUAGUGUACUACUGUUGUUUAUCUUUGGUCUUGGCUGCAGGGGAUUUUUUCUUUUACGCAUUGUUUGAACUCAACUCAGCUUGUUGAUUUUAUCAAGUCUCCCGCAGUAGUGCUCUAAUAAAACUUGUGUGAUUAGCAGCGGUGAUUUACACUGCUUGGAUGAUUUGGAGAUUGAAGAACUAUGGCAUAUUUCAGAAUAAUGUUUCACAACUAAGAACUGUUCAAAAUAUAACUAUAUAGCAUUGUUCAACAUAUAAAGGAUUUUUGGUUUUGAAAUUUUUUGACAUCAAUACUAGCCCCGAGAA